UGGGCGGGGGUGGAGUAGGGGGCUGGGAUGGAGAAAGGCUGCGAGGGCUGGAGCUGAGUGUCAAUGUGCGUGUAGAGCAGCUUAGGGAGCGAGGUGCUAAGACAAAGUGCCCCGGGCUGCGUGGGGAAGACGGGAAUUGUCCUGGAGCUAUGAGCCGGGCUACUGGGCGUGGGGCCUUGCCCAGGCUGCGCGGGGGCGAGCUUGCUGCUAAGUUGCCGGGUCGCUGCGUGGGGCCUAGCAGGUCGCGGCGGGGAGUGCGGCGGCCGUGGGGAAAGAGAUGGAGCGUAGGGACGUUUCGAGGCCGUCGAGCUAGACGCCGGGCGAGGGCCUCGGUUUGGGAGACGCGCUGUGUUAGUGCAGAAAGGCUGCAGGGCUGUCGGCGGCCAUGGGGGAGGAGACAAACGGCAGAGACAGCAGACGCCUCUAGGGAGAAUGAGGCUUCGGGAACACCUGGAAUUGCCGGCUUGCUUGAGGCUGCAAGGGACCCUGGGGCUGUGUGGGUGAACGGGGCUGUCGGAGAGCCCGAGGUGGUGGGACCCACUGGGGCUGUGUGGGUUACCGGGUCGGGGGAGGAGGAGACAGAAGACAGGAGUCCCCCAGGCUGUGAGAGAAAAGGUCGUCCUGGAUCUCUGGGGCAUGAGAGCAUUCUUCAACUGUGGUUGAAGGUGCAGGCUAUGAGGGUAGCUUCGGGAUGUGGAGAACGAAGCAGAGUCGAACUCCAUCCUACAGGAGAGGGACCAGUUGAAAGAGGUGUCCCUGGCCGAGCUUCCUGGGUAGAGACAAGCUGUGGUGGUGUUACAGGACCUUGGGUGAAAGGGCAGGCUAGGGUGUUCCCCCAGGCCUCAGGACUGUCCACAGCCAUGGGGCUAGGGGAGGAUUAUGAAAGAACCUCAGGCUUUUGUGGACAGGGACAGGCUGGGAGGGUGCCUCCGCCUGUGGAUGUGCCUGGGGCUGCUGAGACAAGUUCUGGGAUUGCCUCACACCUGUUGGGGAGGGGACAAGCUGUGGGAGUGCCUGGGGAUGUGCAGGAGAUAGGCUAUGGAGUUGCUCCAGGCCCUUGGGGAAAAGGACAGACUAAUGGGGUGCCUGGUGCCAUGUGGUGGCCUGGGGCUAUGGGAGUGCCCCGAGCUGUAGAGGGGGAGAUGGGCUGUGGAGGUGCCCCACGUCUGUCAGGGAGAGGGCAGUCAGUGCAGCAGCCUCUGGCACAAGAGGCAGUCUGUGGGGAUACCCCCAGCCUAUGGGGCAGGGGACAGGCUGCGGGGGUGCCUGAUGCUGUGGGGGUCCCUAGAGCUGUGGUGGAGGAACCCACCUCUGUGGGUACCCCAGGCAUAUGGCAGAGGAGAGAGGCUGUGGAGGAGAUAGGCUCUGGGGGUAUCCCUGGCCAGUGGGACAUAGGACAGCCUGCAGGGGUGCCUUGUGCUACUGAACAGGAAGCUAGAUGUGGGGGUGACCCUGGAUUCAGGGAAAAGGGACAGGCUGUGUGGGUAGAGACAGGUUCUGGAGGUGACCCAGGGUCAUGGAGAGCUGCAGAACUCUCUGGUCCUAGUGAGCAGGAGGAAGGUUUUAGGGGCACCCCAGGCCUGUUGGGUAUAGAACAGGCCAUGGGAGUAGCCAGGGCUUUGGGGAAGGAGGAGACAGGCUGUGUCUCAGGACUGUGGAGAACAGGACAGCCAGUGGAGGUGUCCCAGGCUGUGGUGGUACCGGGAGUCAUGGGCGAAGAGACAAGCUGUGGAGGUGUCCCGGGCCUGUGGGAUAGGCGGCGGGCUCUGGGAGGGCCUCCAGCCGUGACAGUGCCAGGGCUUGCAGGAGAGGAGACACGCAGUGGGAACGUCCGGAGCCUGUGGGAGAGGAGGCAGGCCAUGGGGGAGCAAGGGGCUCUGGUGCCUCCAGCUUUAGGAGUGCCUGGGCCCGGGGCGCAAGAGGCUGGCUAUAGAGGUGUCUCCUGUCUGUGCGGGAGGAGGCAGGCUGUGGGGCUGUCUGAGACAGUAGGGGUACCCAAGGCAGCAGAUGUGCCCAAACACAGGUGUGCCCCAGCAGGGGUACCCACAGGUGUGUGCGUGCCUGGGUCUGGAAAGGUGCCUGCCACUGUGUGGGUGUCUGGUCCUGUGUGUCAGGAAAGCAGCUCUCGAGCCGUUUUGAAUCUGUGGGACAGGGUUUGUGCUGCCGACAUACCCAUGGCUUCAGGGAGGCCUCUGGCUCCAGAGGAGCUAUGGCCUGUGGGGGAGGACGGUGAUUCUGGGGCUUUCCCAGGACCAUGGGGAGGGAGGCAGGCUAUUGCAGUUCCCAUGGCUCCGGAGGUCCCUGGCCUUGUGGGGGAGGAGACUGGCUCUGGGGGUGUCCCAGGGCUUUGGGGAAGGAGACAGAGUGUGAGAGCUCCUGUGGCCACUGAGGUGCUCACAGCUCCUAGGGUGCUUGGUCCCCUGGUGGUGGAGACUGGUUCUGGGGGCUUCUCAGGCUCCUCGGGAAGGAGGCAGACUGCUGAUGGGGCACCUGUGGCUCCCAGGGUAUCUCGGCUUGUGCAGGAGGAAACUGGUUCUGGAAGCGUCUCAGGCUUGUGGUGGGAGAGAGAGAGAGUCAGGGGACCCACAGAUGCUCUAGGUCCCGAAAAGAUGGGGGUACCCACCUCUGCCAGGAUGCCUCGACCCAUGGUAGAGAAGACUGACUCUGGAGGCAUCUCAGGCUUGUUGGGAAGCAGACAGACCCCUGGGGUCUCCAUGGCUGUGGGGCUGCCUGGGUCUUUGCGGGAGGAGACACUCUCUGGGGGUCUCUUGGGCCUGUCGGGAAGAGCAGAGACUGCUGGGAUGCCUGUGGCUGCUAGAGUUCCCAUGGCCAUGGGAAUGCCCAUGGCUUCUGGGCUGAGGGUAGGGGAUACUAGCUCUGAGGACGGUGGCUCAGGCAUAUGGGGAAGGAGACCAGCCACUGAAGUGCCAACUGCUGCCAGGGCUCCCAGACCUGUGGAAGGGGACGUGGGCUCUGAAGGUAUCUCAGGCCUGUGGAGGAGGAGACAUAGUGGAGCGGGCCCUGAGGCCGCAAGGGUGCCUCUGCCUCUGGGGGUUCUUGCAGCUGUAGGAGUUCCCGUGGCGGGGCGCGUGCCUGCUGCAGUGUGGGUGACUGGGUCCACAGGUGCAGAAGUGGAUGUGGGUGUCUCAGGCCUGACAGUGGUGAGAAGACAGUCUACAGAGGGAGUGGGGGCUUCAGAGGAAGAGACAGGAGGUAGGAGUAUCCUGGGACAGGCAGGGAGGAGCCAGGCUAUGGGGGUGUCUCACACCUGUGCGCAUGGGACUGGGUUAUGGAACUAUCCAAGGUCUGUGGGGGAAGAAACAGCUUGUGAGAAUGUUCCAGGAGUGUCAGGGAUAAGAACAGCUGUGGAGGUGCUCCCAGUUCCAAGGGAGGAAAGAGGGCUUGGCCAUUUCAGAGAUCACCCACAUCAGAGUGGGGGGAGACAGACUGGAGGAAUGUCUGUAGUCAGAGUGAGAGGGAACAGUUGGGGAGAGAAUUCUGUGGGGGAGGACAGAUUGAGGGGGACAUUCCAGUAGUGUAUAGAGAGCAGCUUAGGGGGAGGUGUCCUGGGGCUCUUUGGGAGGGAACAGGUUGGGGGGAGGUUUGUCCUGGAUUGUGGAUGAAGGCACAGGCUGUAGGGGUGGAGAUGCCCCAGGAUAUGUAGGGUGACAAAUUGGGAGGUUUCCUAGAGCAAUGGGGAAGGGACAGAUUGCAAGGAAAGGAGUGCCCCAGGACUUUGUAUAGGGGUGGAUGUCCCUGGACUUUUUGUGUGCAUGUAUAUGUGUUGCAUCACUUGAGGUUUCCUGGAACUGUGGGGAUCGCCUAGUAUUUUCCUAGUGGAGAAUGGACUGUUGAGGCCUUUGGCACAUGGAAGCCACCAGGGAGAAAGUACUGACCAUGUAAAAGUUGCAGAUGCCUUGGCCCCAAUUCUGCAUACUCCAUUCCAUGGCUCCAGUCCCCAACCAGUGAUGAUAUCAAGCCAGUUGGGAUGGCCUGGCUAAUGCGCCUUGUCCCAUCUGCUUCUUUGAUCAUGUGUCUACAGCCUUAGAAAUAAGGACUCUUGGACAGCUGCCUUUAUAGUCCUACAGAUGUAUCUGUCUUUAAGCAAAUCCAGACUACUAACCUUUGAUUUAUUCAAAAGCUUAAAUUAGGAUUUUUUUUAACUUUGAAUAUCCCAAUUGAUUUACUGUAGGAUUCUUUGAGAAACAAAUUCCCCAGUGCGUUUAAAAUUAGUUAGUUCACAGACUAUCAGCUUACCUCAACAAAUGUUGAGUUAAAUUGUCUACUAUGCUCAAGCACUGUGUUGUGGGAAAUAGAAGAGUGAGAGAAGGCCCUUACCCUCAAGAAACCUUGUCUAGCUGGGAAGAUGAGACAUAUGCCUGUGAAACAGGACUGGUUUUAGGGAAGACUUGCUCAUGACAAGGCUGUCACUAUUGUUCUACACUAUUUAACAUCAUGGGACCAGGCCGACCAGCUUCAACCUGUGUUCAUCUAGCAUCUAGUGCCCAACUAGAUGGGAGGAGUGACCUCAUGAAACUUCAGACCCAGAACCAGCUGCAGUUUAAUAGGAAUGUUCCUACACAUUCAAGCAACUUGGCAAUCCGAUAUUCUUGCCCACAUGCAAUUAGAAUUGAAAAACUGAAGCACUCGUACAAUGAAUCAUACCAUUGUAAAGAUGCAAAUUUUAGAGUUGAUCCUGACCUAAGCAGUUCUGUUUCAUUUUCCGUCAUAUCAGAAGAGAGACUUAGCUAUGCUGUCCACCUAGCCAAAAGAGAUGUGAAACGAAGACAAUUUGAAGAACGUAUAAAGGAACAUCAUCUCAGAAUUCAGCCCCAAAGCUCUCAGAAAUGUGGACAUACUCAGUAUAAAAUAUCUGACCCCAGGGUGGAAAGGAAGGAAUUAAAGAGUCAAGAAGUGUGUCAGUGCAGCCACCGGCCAUCCAAAGUAGAAAUUUCCAGCUCAGGUGCCAAAGUAUACCUGUACACAUCUCAUCCAGGACAGUCAAGUCUUAACGUGCCGAAUUCGCCACCCACCCGUGAUCCAGGACUCUGUCAGCCACAUCCCAGGAUAGAUGACCACAAAAACUUAAGUGAACAGAAAAGCCUACUAGAAGUCCAGCGUCUCCAGAAAGAAUUGAGCAGUUGUAUCCACAAAAUUGAAGCGGUAACUAAAAAAGACAGACUAGCAGAGGCAUUGGAUCCAGAUGAAGAGCGUCGAAUCCGUGUCAGGAGACAGGAGCACGCUGUUCGUUCUGCCCGAAUGCUCUACGUCCUCCAGCAGCAGGUAAAAGAAAUCCAGGAAGAAUUGGAUAAAUUGAGUCCACAUAAAAUUAAACACACCAAGAAGUCGUGGGCAAUGUCUAGGUUGGCGGCCGCCCAUCGAGGAGCCAUUCGGGCCUUACAGAUGUUUGUCACUCAGUUUACUGACCGAGGGGAACACCCACUUCCUACACGGUGUAGGGAGCUGGGCAGCCUUAUCCGCCAGCUUUCACUUUGUUCUGCCAAGUUGGAUGCUGAUCCUUCUGUUCCUGAUGUGGUUAUAGAUAUUCUGCAACAAAUUGAGGCUUUGGAAUCUCUCCUGGAAAAGAAACUGUCACCAAAAAAGGUGAAGAAAUGUUUCAAUGAAAUUCGGAGUGGAUUUCCCAUUGGUAGCCAAAGGACCUUAGAGACAUGGCCAAGUACAUCACCAAGGAGUGAGAGGAGACCCUUUGUAGCAAAGGAGACAUUUCCUUGGGAAACAAGUCGACCUUCAGUGGCAAAGAAACUUCUUGCUGAUAAGUAUCAGCCUGUUACAGAGCUUCCAGUGACCCAGAAGUUGGAGGGUGAGCUUGAUUUAUUAGAUGUGGAUAUCCUUCCGGAAGAAGCCCCACUUAUUCCAGACCAAAGUGCAAGCUUCAAAGACAAGGCAAUAGCCCCAGCAAAAACAAAAGCAGUGAAAAAGAAGCCUGUGACUGAGAAUGUGCCAUUUAGGAAGAAAGAUACUCUGGCGCCAGCAAGACUACAGCAAGGAUUCCACAAAGCUGAAAGAAGUAAACAGACCCAACCUCACAGUAAAAGCAGGUUGCAACAGACAACAGUCUCAUCCAGGUUAAAAAUGAACCAACAGCCUGUGAAAAACCACAGGGCUCCUUGGAUACCUCCAAACCCCACGUCCCCACCGGCAUCUCCUAAAUGUGCUGCAUGGCUAAAGGUGAAAUCGAGCCCUAGAGAUGUCAGAGAAGAGUCUCUCCAGCAAGAAGUUACUCAAGAGGAAGGUCAAUUGAAAGGUUCUGUUGAGCAUGAAGCAGCUAGGCUCGCUUGGCUUGAUGCUGAAACUUCCAAAAGAUUAAAGGAACUAGAAGAAUUAAAAGCUACAGAAAUGGACAAAAUGCAAAAAAAGAGGCUUGACUGGCUUGAUGCUGAAACUUCUAGAACAACAAAGGAACUAAAUGUACUCAAAACUGAAGAAAUGGAUAGACCUCAAAAAUUGAGUGUUUCUGCCACCCAGUUAGACAAGGUUGAGGAGUCAGUUCUGGAGCGUUUGAAGCCUCUCUUGGCGAAGGCCCAGAGAGUCAGUUCUUCUACAGAAGCAAAUAAUCAUUUGAAGGACGGUCCAUCAGUAAACACAGCGACAGCCCAGCCUGCAUGGGAGGCUACAGCCGUUGAUUCUAAAUCCAACAAUGUUCAUCAGCUGGAUGAAUUUUUGGAAGAUUCUGCUCAGGAGCUCUGGACUAUGACUCAUGCUAAGAUCUUGGGGUCUGAAACCUUAGCCGCCUUGGGGGACAGCAAGGAUGGUCCCUCCCUGGAGAUCAUGAUGCUCCGAAUGGAGGAAAUGGAGAAAUACCAGGAGACAAUUCGCCAAAGAUAUAACAAAAUUGUAUAUGCUGAUCCUCAAUUUUGGAUGCAGGAAGGAAAAAAUGACCAUCAGAUCCCAGCAGUAAGAGAAAUGCCUUUGCCUCCUCGUCCAAUCAAGAUCACAAAAACAGUAGCUCGAAAGGAUCCAGCCGUGAACAUCAUGUUAGAAAGUCCCUGUAACGGCAAUUCCUUGGAUGAAAGUGUGGGAACAGAGGAGAGAUCAGAGAAAAGAGAGGCUCCCCUUCUCUCCCUUGCAGAAGAUUCUCAAUGGAAAGAAGGCCAAGCUCUCCUCUCUGUCCCACGGGGUAUGCGGCACAGCAUUGGUGACUACUGUAGCCGUUUUGAGCAGUAUCUCCGGAUCGUAUCUCACGAGGCCAUAGGCUCCUUCAACCCGUGGCUGAUAGCUGAAAGGGAUAUCAAGUCUGCAACAUACUCUCAAGCAGUUCAGGAAAAAAUAGACGUGUGUUUAGAGAGAGGAGGAACACAGAUGCAGAGUGUCCUGCCCCUCCCCCAGAGGGGAGGCACAUACCCUUUUCCUUUGCUGGCCAGCUUUUCAGAAGAGCUGGUAGAUGAAGCGCUGGGGACCGUUGCUGCCGAACUUCAGGAUAUGUGUGAAGAUUAUGCAGAAGCUGUGUUCACCUCAGAAUUCUUAGAGGCUGCUACGUGAAGGCUCUCCAAGGCGGGGCCCGUCGUAUCACACUGGAGAAGGGACAGCACCAUCCUUGUGUUAGCCCACAGGAAGUCGUUAUCCUCAGCUGUCCGUCUGGCCAGAAGGUGCUGCCCACUGAAAGGAAGGAAAUGCUGAUGAGAUCGUCCUCACGUUGCAUUUUCUCUUUGUCAUAGCAAUGGUUCUGGAAGUUUAUGAUGGAAUGUUGUUACAUUUAUCAGUGCCCAAGAAAUGUGAAUUGAUUAACACAAUAUUUUCAGAAUGUAUGAUUUUUCUAUUGAAAAUCCUAUGUUCCUUCCUCUGGCUUAGUUUGGUGGUCACAGUGUUCUGAAGGGUUCAGAUUCCUGUUGAACCCACGGCUGGCGUUGAUGCCAACACAAGUGCAGUCACUAUCUGGUCCCAUCACCAAGCUCAUGUUUCACAUCUUUGGCGAUUUCCUGCCAGGACCCCUGUCCCUGCUAGGUGUAGACUUAGGUGGAGCACAGUUUGCUUAUGCUGCCAAACCUCUGCUCUAUUGCAGCUUAUUAAAAAGAGUAGCCCCACAGUUGUCAGUGCACAAUAGUAAACACAUUUCUUUAAUGUUCAAUUCCUAGGUGAUUUUUCACAUUUUUUGUUCUUAAAUGUUGCUGUGUGUUGACACAUUCUGGUAUAAAAAACUUUCUCUGAAUUCAGAGGAAGUUGGGGACAUCAGGAGAGGACCGGGCCUUCUCCUGUGCCUGGUUAAAGGCAACCAGCUCCUUCUUUCUCUGAUGAGAUCAGAAACUUGUACAUUUCCACACCAUGCGGGACCCCCAUGUGGGAGGGGAGAGAACAAAAAGGAGGAUGGUGUGUAGACUUCUGUGUCUCCCCAGAGAAAGGAAGAAACUUUAGAAGCACAGCUUGGUCCUCAAAUGCCUUACAAGUCCUGUCUUACCAAGAGAAAAGCCUCUGUGUUUUCAGAAACUCUGAAUUCAGAAAAAGUAAAGGAAUGUGCAUAAGAAUAAGGCCUGCUUGGAAAAAGUUUUCCUCAGUUUUUUGCCUGAGGCUUGGUCAAAGAAAUGUGGAAAAAGAAUGCCAGGAGACACCCCCCAGGGAAUAAUGUUAUUCUUUUUAGAACAUACAGAGUGUUGCCAUCUGGGAUUUUUCUCCAGAGUACGAGUAUUUCAAGUGAUAAUUUAAGCUGCUUGAUCACACUUAUUUGUGCAAAAUUGAUUUUCAUUUAAUGUUAAUGUUUUCCUGCUUAAUUUUAUAUAACUUAAGAAGUUAAAGAGCUUCAAGGGAAAUUACAGGUCUUUAACCCGGGGAGUUAAAUAUGUGCACUUGAAUUGAUAGGAGCACCUGUCAUUGCUAGUAUCAAGUAAUUUGUGUGGCAGUUUUUACUGUACUGAUUUUUUUUUUAAUAAACUCAAUAUUUUAAAGUA